AUGACAGAACAUAAAACACCAUUCAAAGUUAAGGCAAUAUUCGAGUAUAAAUCGGAUUUCGAGGAUGAUUUAUCAUUCCCUGUGGGGCAAUUGAUCACUGUGACAGAGGUGGAAGACGAAGAAUGGUACACUGGUACAUACAAUGGGAAGAGUGGUAUGUUUCCAAAAAAUUUCGUUGAAUUAGAUGGUACUGACCUGGGAGAUGCUAAGGCAGAAAGUGAGAGUAUUGGUGGAAUUACAUCGUCGCAGGCGAAGGGAGCGAAUGCAAAGGAGCAACCUGUGGUAGAUUCGACCCCUAGGCAAACUGAAGGCGUAAUAUCGUCUGAAAACAGGGUAGGCGCUUCAGAUACCAAACAAGAGAAUACUCAACAGGAAUCCACUACUAGGAGUCCGCCAAAACCAUCAAUGCCGGGUGUCUUCCCCAACCAAAAGAUCAAGGACCCAUAUAGCGUCAAGAAGCAGUUUUUAGCAUCGGGAAAGUCGUCUUACGUUCCCCCUGUGAAACCAAGAGACGAUUACAAUAUCAUUGGACAUGCCCGCCACGAUGUUGUUAACGAAAAUGAGAUUGUUAAGGGAACCAACAAUGAUGCCGAGGAUGCGACACCGGAAGAGGAAGAACCUAAAGUAAGCCUAAAAGAACGUAUAGCGUUGUUACAGAAGCGUCAGCAAGAAGAAGCUGAGAGAGAAGCUGCUGCAUUAAAAAAGAAGGAAGAAAGAAAGCUUAAAGCAGCUGAAGAAAAAGAAAGAUUGAAGCAAAAAAGAGAAGCCGAAGCACUGGCUCCAGCACAUAUUCCAGAAACCCAUGCGCUACAAGAGGUAAGUUCAGAAGAUCGCAAAAAGUCGAUCGAUAGUGUAGCUACUGGGGAUAGGAGGAGAUCUGUCGAUAGUAUACAUACUGGAGGUGGUCGCAGAUCUAUUGAUAGCGUGGCCACUGGAGGAUCUUAUGCAGAAAGGCGCCAGGAUGUUGAAUACAAUCCUGAAGCAGACCAUAAUAAUAUUGCUGCACCUAUUCAUGAAUCAAAUAUGGGUGAUGAUUCCGAGGAAGGAUUAAGAACCGAAGUUCCAAGAGGAGAAGACGCUGACGAAGAAGAUGAAACAGCAGAAGAGUCUGACGAUGAGGAAUUGCGCAGAAAGAAACUUGUUGAACGUAUGGCUAAAAUAUCCGGCGGUAGAAACAUGUUCGGAAUGAUGGGGAUGGCAGCUCCUUUUGGGCAACCUGGGGCAGCACCAUCUAAGAAAACGAAAGAACCCGCUAAUGAAGAUAAGGAAAUUAACCAUGAGAAACCAAGGUCAUCUAUCGAAAAGAGCUCAGAAAAUGAUCCUUCAGUACCUCUGGCUGUUCCAAUUAUGCCGUUUGCGAACCCAGAUUCCUUACCCAAGAAUUUACUUUCUGGUUCUGACGGUGAUAAGCGUAAGUCUAUUGGAUCUUAUGACGAAAAGUUUGACGAUGCUACUGAUAGACCACCUGCCUCGAAGCCACAUAUUCCUGAUUCGUCGUCAAUGUUAGAGGAAGAUGAUUUUACUGAAUCAGACAGUAAGUUCCCAGAAGCUGGAGAACCCCAAUUACAUCCGGAGACGGUAAAUGCGAUGCCCCCACCCGUACCAAAUAUGCCGGGAUUAGACAAUGUAACCGAUGAUAUCUUUGAGACAGAUCGCAAGAAUUUUCAGCCGGAAAAGGAUAUAAAGUUAUCAAAAUCAACUUUAGAAGCGGAGCCAACAGGAUAUGAGGCUGAUGAGGAUUUAUCUGACAAACCUAAAGUUCAGUCAGAGGAAAUUUCAUCUGUAAGGAGAAGCCAUUCUGUUAAAUCGAAUGAGCCACCACCUCCUAUUCCAACAUCUACACCUUUAGAAAAGGCAGAUCCAGUUCCACCGAUGCCAUCGAUACGCCCUGGUUAUACCCUUGGAGAAUCUCCUCUGGUGCCUUUUUCACAUCCACCCGAGAGGGCAGCCCCACCUCCAAUCCCUAAGGCUGGUACGGAAAGAUCAGCGCCACCGCCAAUUCCUUCAUCACCUCAAAGGUCGGCACCACCACCAAUUCCUUCAUCACCCCAAAGAGCGCCACCACCACCAAUUCCAUCGUAUGGAAGUAUUCCACCUACAUCAGAUAAGAAUAUAUCGUCUGGUGGUGGCCCAAUACCUGAAGAUGACGAAGGCGAUGAAAUCGCACCUGCCGAUGAGCAAUUUAAUGUUGAUGAUUAUAACUAUGAUAAGGAUGAAAACGAGUUUUCGUUCCACCUGAGGAACCCAGAGAGGUCGUUUACAAUGCCAGACAUUGCCCCUCCUAUCCCAAAUACUCAUCCAUCAUUCAAUCCUCCACCAGUCCCACCAGUUGAUACCUCGCGUGCUCCACAGCGUGCAAGUACAGAUAUAGGAGAUGCAACGAUGGUGUCUCCAGCAUCGUUAACUAAGACACCAACGAAUUCGUCAUUUGGACCAUCUCAUCAACGCCAGUCAAGUGAUUUAUCUAAUGCAGGUGGCUUAAACAGAUCCAGAUCAGCUAAAUCGCAUCAAGAACAAACUCAAGCAGAAAUUGCUUGUAGCGAAUUGGAAUAUGAAAUUGGGAACAUCAAUGGUAAUUCGAAUUGGUGGUUGAAGGGAAACUUACCGGAAUCAUUAGAAUCUAAGAUUGGAAGCGAAUUGACGUACGAAAUUGAUUCUAACUCAAUUACCAAAAGAGGAAAUCGAAUAAUCAAUUACCGUGACUAUUAUAUUUUGUUUAACGAUCUUUCGCAACUAGUUUUUGAACUAGAAUAUGAGAGUGAGGAUCCUAGAUCCACUAUCAAGUUGAUUAACCAAUUCACUAAACCAAUGCCGAUUAUUAGAAAAGAUUUAUUAGAUAAAUCUUACAGAGAGUUCGGCAACAAGAUAACAUCGAUUACGAACUCAUUAGUUGGGACUAGGCUUAAUGAGAGUAUUGUUAGUAAGGUUUUUAGCUCCCUUGCGAAACAUGAUGCUCAAGUUUUAUCACCAAUUGGGAACAAAACGUAUGGUGUAACUAUCUACAGAAAUACUAAUAAUCAUAACAUCGCCAGAAUUGAAGAAAUCAGACCUGGCGAUAUAUUAUGUAUCAAGCAAGGUAAAUUUAAUGUUCACAAGGGAUUAACAGGCAAUAAAUCAAUUACAGUUGGGGGUAGUGAAGUGUUUUCUGCGGUAGUUACUGACUAUGAUCCAAAGAAGGACAAGUUCAAGGUUAUAGAACUGGACAAUGCUGGUCACAUCAAGAAAGAAACUUAUAAGAUGAGCGAAAUGAAGAGUGGAAGAGUGAGAGUUUUCAGAGUAGUUGGAAGAAAUUAUAUCGAAUGGUAA